AUCGGACUGAAAGACGCGUAAAUCUGGAGACAUUUCGUGGUAGCCUGUACAUGAUACCAUAUCGUCGUUCGUAGACUGUGAGCUAUUAUUAUUAUUAGUAGUAGUAGUAGUAGCAGUAGUGUUCUUAAUAUUAUUGUUAUAAAUAUAGAUUUAUUCCUUGUCAGGCGAAAGUGGACAAGGAACAUGUGAUGCAUAUUUUACCUUUUUUCUAUAAAGGAGACUUACCUUUGAUGUAUUCUGUUCGUAUGAAUUCACACCAAAAAACACAGGAAUACAUCAAACGUAAGUAUCCUUUUAUUUAUGAUAUAGAAAAAAUGUUAUGAUAUAAUGAUAUCUAGCGUACACAGACCUCAGUAUUUUAUUUCUGGGGAUCAUUUCUCAUACAAAGUUUCAACGGUCGCCUGUAACGCGGGACCAACUCUAUUGUGAGAAAGUAAAAGUAAAUUUACCUUCCACACUCGUGACGUGGGCUUGGGACACACGUGAUGAUCACUCAUCAGUGCAAUAAAAUCAAUUGUUUUAAGUGAUCCAAUAUACUUGCUUAAAUAAAUAACGCGUAGAAACCAGAGAAACGCGGAGUACCUGUUAAGGGCGGAAGUAAAGCGUCAUUCCGCUUCUCGAAAAUGAAAUCCUUUUGUCUUACAUGACGCCCUUGUACCGAACCGGAUAUUGAUUAAAUUGUUAAGUUGUUUCGUCUGCAAUGAUAAUAACUAUGAAUCACCACCAGUUGAGCUAGGAAGCAGACAAACUUAGAACUAACUCAGCGACCAACAUUGAAUAUUGUGCUACACAUAAGAGAGAAUUAAGCCCGUACCAAACAAUGAUUUUUGGUCUCCUAAUUGUAACCAGGCAAGGGUAUACAAAACUUCUCGCUUAUAUCGCCUGUUUUUGCACGCUUUAAAAUUUCUGUUUUGAAACCUUUUACACAAUCCGACAAAAGUGCAUGUGGGCGGAAAAUUUAAGCCUGAUCUCACAGCUAUGUUAAGCAUGUUGUAGGAGGCAAACAAGCGCGUCACUGGCACUGCGGAAAACGCACGCACACGAUGUGAAGGUGAAGGCCCAUCUUAGUUUAAUAAGCGAUGAUCACAUUCAUGACAUGCAUUUCCAAAUUAGAUGCGCAAAUGAUUCAGGGAAUGUUGCCAUUUUACUUUCAUGAACUUCCCACGCUUUUCCAAGAAAGAAAGGACGACUAAAUCAAGGAAAUAUAAGAAAGAGCAUAAGUUCAUAAAGCGUAAUUUUAGCAAGGUUUAACCAAUAGUUUACUCCAGGUUGACUGACGCACGUGGAGUUCUGAACGAGAUGGAGAGAAAUGUAUUAAUUUGCAAAGCCCUGCUUCUGAUUUUCCUCACCAGUGUGGCGGCUGCUAUGGUGAUCAAUCCAAAAAGUAAGUAACAGACAUCUUUUGAAAAAACUUGCUCCUUACUGGUCCUUCCAUAUGGCCGGAUGCUUGAACAAAAUUGCAGUAUUCAAUUUAUAAUGAGAAAAUAUAAUGAGAAAGAGGAAAAAAGGAAGAUAUAUAAUGUACGCAAUUAAGAAGGCAAUUUAUUGUAUUGGUUUAAAAAGUAAGAAUUUUUUUUCCAAAAAGACCGAAGAAGACGAAGCUGAAGUACUCUUAACAUCAGCAGGCAAAGAGUUCAAUAUUUAAGGACCUGGUGUGGUACUCAUGUGAAUCACUACUUUGAGGGUGCCAAUGGGUCUACUUUACGGAACGUUGGGUGGAAAGACGAAGGAACGGAGAGGAAAGAAGUCCGUGAGAACAAGAAAACAGAUUUGGCAAUAUGAAAAGUAUUAAUUUUGUUGAUAGUGAGUAAGUUAAGGUGAGCGAAGAGGGAGGCAGAGUGAGCUCGGAAGGGAGCUUUACUGAUGGCACGCACCACGCUUUUUUGGAUAAAACAUGAAGUUGAAGACUAGGUAAUGAGAGAUCAAGGAAUAAUAAAGUUUUGGUUGGAAGGUAGAAGCGAUAACGAAAAAUCAAUAUUCAACGAUAUUUUCAGUACACAGUCACAAUUUAAAUGAAACAUUGAAUUAACACCAUAACAUUACAGUGAUCGAGUGAUCUCUAAGGUUUCUGUCAACAGCUUUGUACGAUGAUAUAGGAAAAUGAUACGUACUGAUGAUGAUAUAUUAGUGACUGAACCUACGCCUUUGACUCCUAUGCAAGUUACCGAAGCUGUAAAGGCAAUAACAGAUUUUGCAAUUACGUUGGAAGAUUCAGGCGAACGAGAGAGAGAAUUUCUUUCCUAUCUUUCGGCCAUGGAGGACGCGUGUAAGCUUUGAAAACUUCCAGUGCUGUGCUAACUGUUCAAGGACAUUGCUGCAUGAUUGAAAUGCUACAUUUGUGGAUCAUUUGAUCACAAAUUUAAUUAAAUAGUAUACAAUAAAAAUUGAUGUUAGGUUUACCCCCGAUAUAACGAUAUUUUCGUUUUUUUUUUUUGGCCAUGAGUUUCGAUAUGUUGAUUCCGCGAUUAGGCCCGAUUACGAGCCGCUGUUUGGGAAAAUGAGCCCGAAAUCGAGCCUAUUCCUCGAUAUAGCGAUAUAAUUUUAUUGUUCCUUAGCAUACCGUUAUAUCAGGGUUCCACUGUAGUUGAAUUAAACGAUAAACAUCAGGAUACGAGCAAAAUAUUCUGGUGUCGUCCUCAAAUAAUAACGUUUCAGCUAAGGGGAAACAUUUAGAACAUAUUUUGAUAUAAACCAAGGAAAAAAGCUUUCUCUAGAUCGAUCCUUGAGUGAAUGUGAAUGAAUGUCUUUAUUAGUUUUCCACUAAAUGGGUUUUAAAACUAAUUACAAUCAAUACUAAAUACAUUAAAAUUAAAAAUCUAAAAUUCUAAUAGAUGUUAAAAUAUAUCACAUUACUAAUUAAAAACUACUGAGAAAUUCCUUUAAAUGUCUCUUGAAGAUUGGCAAUAAAGUAAGUAACAGACAUCUUUUGAAAAAACUUGCUCCUUACUGGUCCUUCCAUAUGGCCGGAUGCUUGAACAAAAUUGCAGUAUUCAAUUUAUAAUGAGAAACUAUAAUGAGAAAGAGGAAAAAAGGAAGAUAUAUAAUGUACGCAAUUAAGAAGGCAAUUUAUUGUAUUGGUUUAAAAAGUAAGAAUUUUUUUCCAAAAAGACCGAAGAGACGAAGCUGAAGUACUCUUAACAUCAGCGGGCAAAGAGUUCCAUAUUUAAGGACCGUUCUGGUGUGGUACUCAUGUGAAUCACUACUUUGAGGGUGCCAAUGGGUCUACUUUACGGAACGUUGGGUGGAAAGACGAAGGAACGGAGAGGAAAGAAGUCUGUGAGAACACAAGAAAACAGAUUUGGCAAUAUGAAAAGUAUUAAUUUUGUUGAUAGUGAGUAAGUUAAGGUGAGCGAAGAGGGAGGCAGAGUGAGCUCGGAAGGGAGCUUUACUGAUUGCACGCACCACGCUUUUUUGGAUAAAACAUGAAGUUGAAGACUAGGUAAUGAGAGAUCAAGGAAUAAUAAAGUUUUGGUGGGAAGGUAGAAGCGAUAACGAAAAAUCAAUAUUCCAUCAGACUUUUAAAAAAUCUUUAUUGCAAAUAUGGCUGAUAUGAGGUUUCCAAGAAAGAUUUCCAUCACUAAAAAUGCCCAAGAAUUUUACGGCGCGUGCUUGACACUGGCAGCUGCAAUCAAAAGGUAUUGAUAUACCUGUCAGAUUUAUUCUCUUAUUUGCUUAGGUCUGAUAAAAUAAGAUUUAUUUGGAUUAAGAGACAAUUUGUUGGAUUCCAUUCACUGGCCAAGUUUAACUUAUUUAAGAUUCAUACAGUGGAACCCCGAUAUAACGAUCCUCGGUAUAAUGAUGUUCCCUGUAUAACGAUGAAUAAUGUCCCAGCAAAAGUUACAGUAAAAUGUAUGUGAGAGAACCCCGAUGUAACGAUCUUCGAUAUAACGUUAUUUAUAUCACGAUGAGAAUUUAGCGGACCGAACGUAAAAUAGUUCCCUAUAUAACGAUAUUUUCAGUACACAGUCACAAUGUAAAUGAAACAUUGAAUUUAACACCAUAACAUUACAGUGAUCGAGUGAUCUCUAACGUUUCUGUCAACAGCUUUGUACGGUGUGUAUAGGAAAAUGAUACGUACUGAUGAUGAUAUAUCAGUGACUGAACCUACGCCUUUGACUCCUAUGCAAGCUACCGAAGCUGUAAAGGCAAUAACAGAUUAUGCAAUUACGUUGGAAGAUUCAGGCGAACGAGAGAGAGAAUUUCUUUCCUAUCUUUCGGCCAUGGAGGACGCGUGUAAGCUUUGAAAACUUCCAGUGCUGUGCUAACUGUUCAAGGACAUUGCUGCAUGACUGAAAUGCUACAUUUGUGAAUCAUUUGAUCACAAAUUUAAUUAAAUAAUAUACAAUAAAAAUAGAUGUUAGGUUUACCCCCGAUAUAACGAUAUUUUCGUUUUUUUUUUCGGCCAUGAGUUUCGAUAUGUUGAUUCCGCGAUUAGGCCCGAUUACGAGCCGCUGUCCGGGAAAAUGAGCCCGAAAUCGAGCCUUUUCCUCGAUAUAGCGAUAUAAUUUUAUUGUUCCUUAGCAUACCGUUAUAUCGGGGUUCCACUGUAGUUGAAUUAAACGAUAAACAUCAGGAUACGAGCAAAAUAUUCUGGUGUCGUCCUCAAAUAAUAACGUUUCAGCUAAGGGGAAACAUUUAGAACAUAUUUUGAUAUAAAACAAGGAAAAAAGCUUUCUCUAGAUCGAUCCUUGAGUGAAUGUGAAUGAAUGUGUUUAUUAGUUUUCCACUAAAUGGGUUUUAAAAACUAAUUACAAUCAAUACUAAAUACAUUAAAAUUAAAAAUCUAAAAUUCUAAUAGAUGUUAAAAUAUAUCACAUUACUAAUUAAAAACUACUGAGAAAUUCCUUUAAAUGUCUCUUGAAGAUUGGCAAAUUAUCACAUCCUCUUAUUUCACAUGGAAGAGAAUUCCAGAAACUCGUUGCACGGUAUAAAAAUGUGCGUUGCCCAGAAGCUGACUUAUAAGCUGGGAUAUUCAAGUUAUUCUUACAUCUAGUAUUACGGUCAUGAACGCAACCACGUGUCUUAAAUCUAUGACAAACGUAGCUAGGGGCUAACCCCUUAACACAUUUAAAUGCUAAAACUCCAAGUGUAUAUUUAAGAAAACUGGUCACGGGGAGCCACCUUAGCUCUCUUAAUGCCGGUGUUAUAUGAUCAAAUUUCCGCUUUCCAGUGAUAAUUCUACAAGCAAAAUUCUGAACUUUCUGCAGCUUCGAGAUAUUUUUCUUUGAAGUAUUAGACCACACCGGAGAACAGUAGUAUAACUGGCUAAACACUAAGGAAUUUAUAACCCGUUCUAAUGUCCUAGCAUCAAACAGAUCCUUUACCCUGUUAAUCUGACAUAAGCUACCUAUGCACGAGGACACUGUUUGGGUGACAUGUUCAUCAUAGCUUAGAGUGCUGUCCACCUGCAGGCCAAGGUCCCGAGCAGAAGGAGAUGGAGUGACCUUCUUUCCAAGGAGGGUGACAUGAAAAUCAGCGGGCAGCCUCUGAAGCAUCUGACGUGUGCCCAACACCAGCAGCUUGGUUUUCUCUGGGUUUAUGAGAAGGCUGUUGUAGCAGCACCAGCUUGCGAUUUUUUCUAAGUCCUUAUUGAUCUGUUGAAUCAUAUUGCUAGCCUCAGCAACUGGGAACGAAAGGUAUAGCUUUGAAUCAUCGACAUGUGAUUCUAGAGAACACACGUCCGGCACGCCAGACUUGACGAUCUGGUAAGAAGAAAGUUUACUUUUAUCCUUAAAAUCCAUUUGAGGGAAGUUCCUCCCAUCCCACGAAAGCUGAUGAAAUUGCGUAUCUAAAAAACACAGUUUGUGAUCUCGCUACCAUCAAUGCAACAUGCUUUCCGUUAAUUAGGUGGAUAAGUGUCUGGCAAGCCUGCGGAGCUGAAAGCGCGAAACCAACGGAAAGGAUUGCUGCCUAGUGCACGGUUGGUGGAAUGAUUUUUGCGAAAGCCGAACCGUGAAGACAAUAAAAGGCUUUCAAAGGUGUCUAUGCCCUGAUAUCCCCUUCGUGAUGCCACUUGUGUAGGAUUUUAUGUUCUUUCCUUGUCCAUUUCAGAAAAAAUUUCAAAUCUGCCGUUCAUCGAAAGCUUUGGUCUUCAAGGAAAAAUCAUACCCUACAUUGGAAGUAAAGUUAAUCUGACUUGCAAAAUGAAACAUGCGGAGGCGGGUAUUUUCCUCAAGGCAGGACUCGCUAUAAGGGAGGGAGGACGAUUCAGGUACAUAUUUGAAGACAGUGGGCAUGAUGGGCUUGUGGCUCAUCUUGAAAUUACAGAUGUCUCCAAGGAAGAUGAAGGUGUUUUUACUUGCUGUGCUUUUAGUGCUGGAAUUAUAACUACGAAAACGCUUACAUUUAAAACAGGUUUGUACGUCCGCUGCCUAAGUCGACAAGAGUACUUUUUUAAAAAUGCAUUCAGUUAUACUUUUGCAGCAGCUCACAUUCGAUAUACCGUUAAGUUCCCAAAGUAGCGAACCUCUAAAAGUAGAGAUAAAAUGUCACAGGUGCUAGCAAGUCUCGAAAGUAGCGAUCCCCGAAAACAACGACCCUCCGAAAAAAGAGGCCUUAAAACUUAUUUCCCUUUUAUAAUAUAAUGGACAUGAUAGAUAUCCUGAAUAAACGCUACACUGAUCCGAGGUUUAUUAAUAAUGAUUAUUUAACAUUCCUGACCUUUUUUCAAAAAGUAUUCCUUUCACAUUUUUUGCGAUUUUAUUUCUUGAAGUGACCAUGUGGAGUACACGUUUUAGCCAUCCGAAAGAAACGACCCCCUGAAAGUAGCGAAAGCAGAAGGGUGCUAAAUCCAACAGUAACGAUGGUCGUUACUUUCAGGACUUAACGGUUUUAGAAUUUUAAUUUGACUCCGAGGCUUUAGUGAACGAAAAUCGAAAAUUUUCACGACUCCAUUGUCUCACAAUCCCCAGAAGAGACUUGAGCACAAAGAAAACCAAACAAUAUGCAGAAAUGACCAGAAAGCCUCGGAGUAAAUUACCGUGAAAUGAUCAAUUACCUUAUUCAAGUAAAAGUGAAUUAAUGAAUCCUAUUCUAGUUUAGAGGGUAUGCACUAAAAUCAGCCUCGAAGAAGACAAAAGCACAUAAAAGCUAACUUAAAUGUGCAUAUUCUUUUGCAUCUCCUUCAGUGGCCGCUAGAUCAAUUAUUUUUUUAUCUUUUAGAGUCUCUGAAAAGUCAUAUUGCUCACUAUAAAUAUAAUCAUUUUCCUUUCCUUUACAAAGUCAUUAAUGCAACAGCACCUCAUAUACAAAAUAGAAUAAAAUAAACCAGCCAUGGGAUACGACCCAAUCCUGACUACCUCCAUGUUUUUAUGGCUUACUUGCUUACACGCUAUGAUUCAAUUUGUCUUUUGCCAGGGCAAUAAAACAGUUGUCGAGAACUUGCCUUUGCUCCAAAAAUUUCGCUUGAAAACUGAUACCCCUCUCGUGCAUCACUUCGUUUCGAUAUUGGAUUUUGUGUGCGAGGCAUGGGCUAGGCAUUCCAAAGACCUGUAGUCCCGGGCCUACAAAUGUUUGGUUUGAUCACUCUACCGCUUGCAAUAAUUUAUGCGUUGUUGGGGUGAGCUAAGAAGCUUAAGAGGUCAAAGUGUUGGUGAGGUCAGACUAGUCAUGCGUGCAGUUUUCAGGAUAUUUGGAAAUGAAAUUUAGCCAGGCCUACAAACAGUCGAAAAGCUGGCUACGUCCCUGCGAGGUAUCCCCUUCUCAAAUAAUGAAUUUUCCUCAAGCUGCGCGUCUGACUCCCACACCCUCACAUAUUUGACGUUUUUUAUCUUUUAUAGCUCCUUAUCCUCCACCCUCGAUCUGAAGCCCUGUCGUGGACAGCAAAGGACUGUUGCAAUUUCCAUGAGUAAGUCUAAGAUUAUAGCAAAGAGAAAAACUUAGGGUAUAACAUGACUGAAGGUUAGAGCGAAUUGAAUUUUUCUGUCCAGUUUUGGUUUCCGCUGUGAGGUGAGGGAUAUUGAGAAGGAAGAAACGUUUUAUUCUUUUUAGCUUCUAUAAUUCUCGCGUUGUUGUAUUAAAUUAUUCGAAGCUUUUUCACGUUCCCUAAUUAACUUUGUGUAUGUGGUGAACUGACAAGCAGGAUUAGGCCUUCACCGUCCUCACAGAGCGUUCCGAUUUGUUUCGGCGUGAGUGGUUCUUCUAGGAGUAGGAGUAAAAGACCUCAGCCGACAUUGCUGUAGGGGUCAAGGAGACGCACAAACCACCCCUACCAAGAAAAGGUGGUGAUCCCAUCAAAGGCGGAUGUGUUUAAACUUAAAGCUUGUCUAUAUUUCUACUGUUACUUAUUGUAAUUUCAUAACUUGUUUUGUACGUUGUUACCAAAUUAUUAUAUUGGUCCUGGUUGUUUAAAUUGUAUUGUUAUUACUACUAUAAUCAUAACUAUAACAAAAUUCUCAAAUCUGAUUGGUUCUCAACUGCCCUGAUUUCAGCCUUAAUAGGACAGUUUAAUAGGACAGUACGCGUCAUGCCUAAGUAAUUGGACAGUACGCGCCAUCACGGGCGCGCUUAAAUGGCUUUUUUUUCAUAGCUAGCGAAAAAAUCUUGGAAUUUCUUGUGUUUUGAUUUAAAAAGAGCCCUAUAUAUCACAAAUUUUGUUAAAGUUAUGAUUAAUUGGUAACAGAACUUUGUGUCGUCCAAUUCGGUCUGUAAUCAUACUCGUGAUUAAACAAAUCGGACUCCCGCUACGCGGUCGUCCGAUUUUGUUAAUCACUCGUAUGAUUACAGACCGAAUUGGACUCCACUCAGUCCUGUUACCAUUACUUAUUAUUGUUGUUGUUGAUGAUGAUGUUGUUGUUUUUGUUGUUAUUAUUAAGGGGUUGCAAUUGGGAGCUAGAAAAUUUUCUUAAUAGGCCAAAAGUUUCUUGAUAGGCUGGAGUAGCCUACAAAAAUAAGGCAUUUGAAAGAAGAGCCCAUAAUCACUCUCUCCUGACCUGAAUUGAUGUUUAAAAUAAGGAAAGCAUGGUACAAUUAUAUACGGUUUGUUGAACAGAGUUUGGGCUUUCCUAUGCGCAUGUCUUCCAGUGACAGGAGCCCAUAACAUGGCCCCUUCUUCGAUUCGCUUUCUUUGAUUUUCACCAAAAGUAGCCGGGCUAUAGUCAUCUAAACAUGAAGCUUUUUCUUUAAGUCUCCUUAAGUGGCAAGAAAACGAGAAAAUGAGGAAAAGGGGACGCCUAAUAAGGGAGGAAAAAACCGUCCACCCUUUUUGCCAGAUUGGGGGAGGGUAAAGUUCACGCCCUCAUCUCGCAUCAAGGGAGAAUUAACUACUUUUUCUCUUUCAUCUUUAGGAAGCACUUUCAUUAUGAAUAGACACAGCAUAAAGAGGAUUACUAUAAAGCAAUUUAUGUAUUAUUUCGACUUUCUUGUCUUCGUUUUUCUUUUUUCUGUUUAACUUUAUAAAAUUAAAAUGUGAAUUAGGAAGAUUUAUUACAUUUCAAACUAAGUCUUCAAAGUUGUGUGUAACAAUAAUAAGCUUCAACGCAAUCAAAUUAUUUGUCGAAUUAGUUUUGGGGUUUAAAAGUGACGAAGUAGUCUCGACGUUUGCCUUUCGCUUUGUCUCUUACUCUCUUCCUCUCUGUUUUUUAUUUUGCUGGCAAUUUACUGUGCUUUUUUAAAGGCAGAACUCGAGCCAGGAGUUCGAGCCACAACUUUAGUCAUAAAUUUCUAUAAGCAAAAAAUAAAUGAA